UGGCCAGCGAUGAAAUAAAAAAGCUCCAAGACGACAGCAUGAGAAAAAGCUUCUGCAAAAAGUCUACGCGACUAAUAAUUGAAGUUUGCUCAAUCUGUAUAGUGUCUAGUGCUAAGGCCGGAUUCAUGUGCCUUCCUGUUCUUCGUUGAGCGGAAAAUAUAUGGAGGAGAGAAAUCCGACGAGGAUGGGUGGCGAGUAUGAUACUGUGUGGGAGUGCGUUAUACCUUACAUCCAGGAGUCGCGUGACCGCGACGCGGUGUCGCUGGUGUGCCGGAGGUGGUACGAGAUCGACGCCGUCACUAGGAAACAUGUGACCAUGGCUUUCUGCUACACCGCCACACCGCAGCAGCUCUCCCGCCGCUUCCCCCAUCUCCGCUCACUCAAGCUCAAGGGCAAGCCACGCGCCGCCAUGUUCAGCCUCAUCCCGGAGAACUGGGGCGGCUACGUCACCCCCUGGCUGGAGGAGAUUUCCCGCUCCUUUCCUCAGCUAAAUACGCUUCACUUCCGUCGAAUGAUUGUCACGGAUGCGGAUCUAGAAAUGCUUGCCCGUACUCGUACCAAUCUGCUUCAGGUUCUCAAGCUCGAUAAGUGCUCUGGAUUUUCCACCGACGGCCUUUUACAUAUUUGCCGUUCCUGCAGGAACCUAAGAACACUGGUUCUUGAAGAGAGCGCUGUGACUGAUAAUGAUGGAGAUUGGUUGCAUGAGCUUGCCUUGAAUAAUACAGUUCUUGAGAAUUUGAACUUUUACAUGACAGAGCUCUUCAAAAUCAGAUCUGAGGACAUUGAAUUGGUAGCCAAAAAUUGCCCUGCUCUUGUCUCCAUGAAAAUUAGUGAUUGUGAUGUGUCAAAUCUAUUUGGUUUCUUUCGAACUGCAACUAAACUGGAAGAGUUUGCUGGCGGUUCCUUUUGUGUCGGUGAGAAUGAGAACAAUGAGCAACUUAGAAGGUACUCUGCAGUGUCGUUUCCACCAAGGCUAUGCUCCUUGGGUCUGACAUUCUUAGGGAUACAUGAAAUGCCAAUUGUCUUCCCGGUUGCUUCCCUUCUCAGAAAAUUGGAUCUUCUAUAUGCCUGUCUUGACACAGAAGGACAUUGCGUAUUACUGCAAAAGUGCAUCAACUUGGAAGUUCUAGAGACAAGGAAUGUAGUUGGAGAUCGUGGACUAGAAGUUGUUGCUUCGUCUUGCAAGAGACUAAGAAGGCUUAGGAUUGAGCGAGGAGAUGACGAACAAGGAAUGGAAGAUGUAGAAGGAGUAGUUACUCAAAGAGGAUUAAUUGCUUUAGCCCAAGGAUGCUUUGAGCUGGAAUACUUGGCUGUAUAUGUAACUGACAUCACAAAUGAAGCUCUAGCGUACAUUGGGAAAUACUUGAAAAACCUCUGUGAUUUUCGUCUCGUUUUGCUUGCUCAAGAGGAGAUAAUAACAGACCUUCCACUUGACAACGGAGUCCGAUCUCUAUUAAAAGGUUGCCAUAAUCUUAUAAGGUUUGCUCUCUAUCUUCGACCUGGGGGAUUAACAGACGUGGGACUUGGUUAUAUUGGGCAGUUCAGCGCCAACAUAAGAUGGAUGCUUCUAGGAUGUGUUGGAGAAUCGGAUGACGGACUUCUGCAGUUCUCGAAGGGGUGCCCGAGCCUACAAAAGCUCGAAAUGAGGGACUGUUCCUUCAGCGAACGUUCACUAGCUAUAGCAGCCAAACAGCUGAAAUCUCUGAGAUACUUGUGGGCGCAAGGGUAUCGGCCAUCUCCAAAUGGUUGGGAUCUCUUAUACAUGGCUCGGCAAUUCUGGAAUCUCGAGCUUAUUCUUGACACUGAUCAAAGUGGUACAACCGCAAUCUCUGAGCACCCAGCCCAUCUCCUCGCAUACUAUUCACUAGCUGGGCGAAGAACAGAUUCUCCUGAAACUGUCAUCUGCUUCGACCCAAAUGCCCUUGCAUUUUAGGACUUUUACCCACUUUUUCCUUGAUCUAAUCUAUCCAUUAGUCACUUGUGUUUUACCUUCUACUAAAUAGUCUUUUCCCCAUUGAUUUCUAGUUUUUGGUAAUCUUGCAGCAAUGCAAUAAACAUUGAUUGUGUUGUAAACCAUAAGAAUAGUGUACUUGGUGCUUAGUUGUUUACCUCCUAAAAUUGUAUAAAUUGUCUG